AUGGACCUGUCCUCACCCCGCAUCGUCGUCGGGAGCCCGGCGCUAUCGCUCGCGGGUCUCUUCGUGGCCAAUGCUUCGGCUACCAACCCAGCGUGCAGUUUGUCCGCGCUUGCCACACCAGCGUUCCACGUGCACGGCAACGAUAGCAGCCCGUUUCCGACCUUUUGCGGCGUUCAGCGUUCCGGCAACCGCACGCAGCCGGCCGAUUGGCAGUCGCUUCAGCUUCGCCAUUCGACAUACGCCGUCUUCCAGUCGAUCGAGACCGACCGCACGUCUCGGGUGUUUGAUCACCACGACAACAAUGGCCAACGACGUCUUGGUCGUCGUCCCGAUGAGAGCGAUGCGGCCACUUGGCGUGCGCUGGCAGGAUGGUCCAGCGGCGGCUGGGAGCGCUUUGCGGAGGCGCCCAUGUUUGAAAAGCACCCGGUGAACCAAGCGCCAGAAGUGUGGGUGCCCGUGCAGCGACAGCUUCAAUAG